GCGCGCUCAGCCCCGAGGGGCCCUGGCAGCCUCCGCGCGCGAAGACCGCGCCAGUCCUGCAGGGAAAGAAAAGUAACUUGGUUUUUCUCGAGGAGCCAGGAAGGAUUAAGCGGCCUGGGAGAGGGCAGAGCGCGCGCGGAGGGUGGGGUGACUGUGGACUGAGACGCUUUCGGGCCGAGAGCAUGUAAUCGCAGUGUCGGUGCAGAGGACUGUGCUUCGCUGAGGAAAGAGGAGGGAUCGGCUCGCUCUCCGGCGACUCGGCAGGCGGAGUUUCGCGGAGGCGGCGGUACAGGGUUGCGCCCGCCCGCGGGGAGGUCGCUCCAUCCAGCCCCGGCAGCCGCGAGAGUACGAGCGCCGGACCGCAGGAGUCUGCGGAGGUGAGGGAGAGUUAGGCCGAGCUCCGAGGCGCGAGGGAGCGGGCCGGGGAGCCCAGGAGGAGGCUCGCGGCGGCCGCGAGCGAUCGGAGCGCGCCCCCCGCCCGCCCCAGCGGCGCUGCGCCCGGCCGCGUCCGGACGGCAUGGAGAAGGACGGCCUGAGCCGAGCGGACCAGCAGUAUGAGUGCGUGGCGGAGAUCGGGGAGGGCGCCUAUGGAAAGGUGUUCAAGGCCCGGGACCUGAAGAACGGAGGCCGGUUCGUGGCUCUGAAGCGCGUGCGAGUGCAGACCGGCGAGGAGGGCAUGCCGCUCUCCACCAUCCGCGAGGUGGCGGUGCUGAGGCACCUGGAGACCUUCGAGCACCCCAAUGUGGUCAGGUUGUUUGAUGUGUGCACAGUGUCACGCACAGACAGAGAGACCAAACUAACAUUAGUGUUUGAACAUGUUGAUCAAGACUUGACCACUUAUUUGGAUAAAGUUCCAGAGCCUGGAGUGCCCACUGAAACCAUAAAGGAUAUGAUGUUUCAGCUUCUCCGAGGUCUGGACUUUCUUCAUUCUCACCGAGUAGUACAUCGUGAUCUAAAACCACAGAAUAUUCUGGUGACCAGCAGUGGACAAAUAAAACUGGCUGACUUUGGCCUUGCCCGAAUCUACAGUUUUCAGAUGGCUCUUACCUCAGUGGUCGUCACGUUGUGGUACAGAGCACCAGAAGUCUUGCUUCAGUCCAGCUACGCCACCCCUGUGGAUCUCUGGAGUGUUGGCUGCAUAUUUGCAGAAAUGUUUCGUAGAAAGCCUCUUUUUCGUGGCAGUUCAGAUGUGGAUCAACUUGGAAAAAUCUUGGAUGUGAUUGGGCUUCCUGGAGAAGAGGACUGGCCUAGAGAUGUUGCCCUUCCCAGACAGGCUUUUCAUUCCAAAUCUCCUCAACCGAUUGAGAACUUUGUGGCAGAUAUUGAUGAGCUAGGCAAAGACCUACUUCUGAAAUGCUUGACAUUUAAUCCAGCCAAAAGAAUAUCUGCCUACGGUGCCCUGUCUCACCCAUACUUCCAUGACCUGGAGAGGUUCAAGGAAAACCUGGAUUCCCAUCUGCCACCCAGCCAGAACAGCUCGGAAAUGAAUACAGCCUGAAGUCCCAGCCACUGCCUUGAGCUGAUCAUCCAGAGAACCCCCUUGGUGGCUGUUGGGUCCCCCUGAGUAAGCCCUUCAGAGCUGUUGUGGAUCACUGGCUGGAAACCUCUAGCUGCCGUCUUCUGGAUGGGCUCUGCUUCUCCAAGGAAACCGCCUAGUUUACUCUUUUGAAAUCAAUGCAAGAGUGAUUGCAGCUUUAUGUUCAUUCGUUUGUUUGUCUAUUUGUUUGUUUAUUUGUUUGUUUCAAGAACCUGGAAAAAUUCCAGAAGAAGAGAAGCUGCUGACCAAUUGUGCUGCCAUUUCAUUUUUCUAACCUUGAAUGCUGCCAGUGUGGAGUGAGCAAUCCAGGCACAGCUGAGUUGUGAUGUAAUCUUAAUCUCUCUGCAGCUGCCGGAGUCUGAUUUGGUACUUUUGAGUGUGUGUGUGUAUAUGUGUGUGUGUGAAUCUUGGUAUCUUAAAGUGUUACUUUCUGUAAACAACAAGAAUAAUUCAAUUGUAAAGACUCAAAGUGACCGAUAAAUAACAGGCAUCUGUUGACUGAAAGUGAUUCAGCAGAGUGAGCUUCUCAAAUUAGAAAGUUGAGCCUAUGUCCUCAGCAUUUCUUUCCUGGCCAAAAGCAUUAAAUUUAUUAGCAGUAAAAGGUUCACUUUCUAGAUGAAGUUUUUACACACAGCAAAGAAAAAAAUGAUUCUAGUAUCUUUUCAGAGACCUGUUUUUUAAAAGCACAUAUUCUAUUUACUCUUCAAAAGCUGAAUUUACUCAUUGUUCAGUCAGUUUUAUCCUGUAUAAUACGCUUUAUUGUUCCCUUUGAAAAAUACCCUAUAAGCUUUUUAUUAGUUGCUAUAGAUUUAGAGCAUAUACCUCAAAUAGGCAAAAGUCAUCUAAAACAAUAGAGAAAACCUUUAUUUCUUGGUUUGAGAUUUAUCUCCUCUUUGUUUUUUGUUGUUUUGUUUUUGAUUUUAGGAAUUUGUCAGAAACUGUUUCCUGCUUUGGUUUGGAGAGUAGUUGUCUCUGACUAGAGCCCGGAAUGUCAUUUAUGUUUUCCCCACCUAUUACACUGUACUUUUUCUACCAUGCACUGCCUUGUUUGCAAAGUAUCCAUCAUAUCUCUCCCCCAGCGCCUCUAACAUGUAUUGCUACCAUUACCAUUACAUAACUAAUAACAGAUUGCUUAAGCUGCUCCCAUGUACCUUCUGCUUUCUGUCCUUCAAUGAACCCUUCAUAGAUAGAUUCAGAUUAUGGUUUACGGCUCCAAUUCCGAAGUCCCAGCAGGUUCCUGUUGUUCUCUGUCUAAUGUGAUCUUCCUACCUGGCAUUCACUGUUGUUGCCUAGGCAGUGAGUAGAAUAUUGGUUCUUCUCUAUCACCAGCACAUAGAUUGCUUUAAACUGUUACGUAGUAUUUUACAUUUUUAUAGAAUAUCUUGUCAGUAUAGUAUCUGAGGAAAUGUCUUUCACUGUUUUUUAGAAAUACAUAUUUGCUCUGUAAAUGAUGUCUUCCCCAUCUGCCAGGCUGUGCUUGUUCCUAGUGCCUUGUGCACACCACUGCUCCCUGCAGAGCCUCCCUGGCUGGGGCAUUGUGAACAGCUUUAUUUUUUCUUCUGCAUUUUCUCUAUAGUACUUGGUAUUCCAUGCCAUCUCUGCCUUAUAUGUAGUUAGUGCUCAGUGAGCUCUAGUAACCAAAAGACAUUGUGUAUCUUUUGGAAGAUUUUUGUUACCUUGAUUUUCUGGCUCAUGUUUUAUGUGCAUGUAACAGAACAUUUUUAGAAUGAGGAUUUUCAAAGAAUGGACAAUACUUCGCUCAGUAGAAGAUGUUCCAGGUGACGUUUAUAAUUAUACAUUUGUCAAGCCUUACUGAAUUCUUUACAGUUUAAUAUUUGUAUUCAACUAUCUUAACUAGAGAAAAACUUAGCAGACUUUUCUCCUUGAGAGCUUUUUAGGUCAGGAACCAUUCUUUUCUAAAGGAGUGUAUCACUUAACAUUGUUCUAAUUCAAUAACUUGAAGAGCAGGAAAAUUUUUCUAUAGCAAGAUAUGAAUGAGAAGAUGGGCCAUAAGAAUAUGUUUUUCUUUUUAUCCUUGUGAUCAUGUUGAUUAUGUUUUGUCAUCACUGCAAAUGCUUGAGAUAUAAUGAAUCCUGAGCAUUCAGUGCAAAGUGGAUUGCAGUCUCUGCAAGUGAGCUCUGCCUUCCCUUUGGGAGUCAGAAUUACACAGACCUUUUUGCUGGGGCCUAGAAAUUGAAUUUCACACUCAACUGCACUGAUUUAUCAUGAGCUUUUUACCUAGUACCCAUGGUUAUAGUGAACAUAACUUGAGUUUUUAUUUUUGCAAAAGCUUUUCAUAAGUUCAUUCAAGAAAAUGUAGCUGUUCUAACUGGAAUUUUUCAGCAUUCUGUAGAAUUUUAAACAAGUAGAGAGCUCAACUUUUACUUCUAACCUAUGCCUUCGGUUCAUUUCUCAGUAGUGCUUAUAAAGAAAACUUAAAACACAAACAUCAUGACAAUAAAUACUUGGCAAAUUAUGCUCUGAGAAACAGAAUGCGGGCUGCUCAGCCUCUCUGAACUUCACCACACCAGCAAUUCUGUCGGUGUGGUUGUUGCACUUGAUUAUUAUCUCGUUUUUUGUCUUUUACAUCACCACUUGUGAAAUCCAAACACCCGUACCACUGGGGCACUUUGAAGCAUAUAGAAUACAAACUUACUGAGAACAGCUUAUUCUUCUGUGACAUGUGGCCCUUGCCUCUUUGCCAAAGGCCAGGUGAUUGUUGCUGAAAAGGGCAUACUGCCUGAGGUCAUACUGAGGCAGCUUACAGCAGUAGAAAUAAAGCAACAGAUUUGAAUUCACAUUUGAAUUUCUUACUAGAGCAAGAAUGUGCCGAUAGUGUCUAUAUGAUUCUACAUUCUGGUGGCCCAAGCAUUAUGGGAAGUGUGGGCAAGGGUGGCGUUGUAACAACCUGUAUUUAUUUAAAAUGAGUGAAAGAAAAACCUAACCAUGUAAGCGUCAUACAAUAUCAGAGGACUUAAGGUAAUACAGACCUAACCUAGCCUUUAAAAUACAAUUCCCUGGUGCUUGUGGCAAACCAAUGCCUUGUAGCCUCCCAUCUUGUCUCUCCUUUGAAGUAGUGAAAAUUAAGGAGCAAAGAACCUGCUUGGGAAGAAAACUUAGGACCAUUUCAGCCCCCUGUAUUCUCAUGAUUUUCUCUCAGGAACACAAGCUGUGAAUGGCAUGCUUUUCAUUUAGCCCCAGGUGACCUACUUAAAAUAGUUCAAAAUAUUCACCUAAGAAUAGAAUCUCAACCUUUUAGUUUUAAGUAAGAAUGAAAAGUACAAGAGUGCAGAGGAUAUUAUGUCUCAAAGGAAUAUUAUGUCUAUUUUUCCUUUCAAUAGAGAAUUUUCUAGUUUGACUCCAGAAUGUGGUGCUAUCCAUCUUGAUGGGAAAAGGUUUAAAUAGUACUAAACAUUUUGAACCAUAAAUUAUGCAUUUAAAUUGAGUUUUUAACUAACUAAAGCUCUUGCUUUGAAAAGUGUUUUCAAAGUCAGGUUUUUUAGUUCUCAUUCUAUUAUGGAAAUUAAAUCAUGUAAGCUUCCUAAUAUAAACAUUAAAAUUCUUGAAAGAACUCCUUUUUAAGUGACAACUUCACUUUUUUUAUAAUAAACACGAGUGUCUCAUAUUUUCCAAAAUGCAGACUUUAGUUGCAUAGUUGAGUAUAGCAAAGAAUAAUGUUAAAAGUUAAUAAGCCACCAUAAUGAUUGAUUAAUACAGAAACUAUAGAAUACUUAACUUGAAAAAAAUGUUAAAAUAUAAAUGCUUAGAUAUUGAUAGAAUUCAAAAAAAUACAUGUUUUAUAUGUGACACCUAAAAAUGUCUUUAUUUAAUAAAAAUGAAGAUGUUACAAAAUUUUUCAGUCUUUAAAUUUUAUUCUUAAUAACAGUACACAAUGAAUAAAGGAAAUUCUGGAGAAAAUGAAGGUAUCCAAAGAGGAUAUUUUUGAAGUUAUAUAUAUUUUGAAGGAAGUUUGUUUUGUUAGCAAAUAUAUCAAAAGCAUUAUUAAAGUUGUCUGGCAACUAUGAACUUUAUACCAUCAAAAACAAAUUUUACCGAAAAACGCUUGCAAGAAAAAACAGUUAAUAUUUUUAAGGGUUGAGCUGAGCAAACCAAAAAAAUCUGUAUUCCUUUCCUCAUUUCAUGGAGAGAAGCAGCCACAUGAAGCUAAACUUGUUAUGCAAGCCUAAGAAUGUUCAUUGCAAAAACAAAAAUAAAAUUUUAAAAAGGCAUUUGUUCCCUGUACCACCAGAAAUUUUGAAAAUCUGUGAAACCCAAACCAUUUCUCAUGUGCAUUUAAUACAUUCAGGCAUAUGAUUAGGAAGGGUAGUUACAGAAUGGAAAAAUUUCUUGAGGUUACCGAAAACCUGUCAAGCAGUGUAAGUCCUCAGAUAAUUAGUAAUGUAUUUUCCUCCAAAGCAUAAGAAAAUAACAUUUUUAUUUCUUAUCAAUGCAACUUUCAACCUGUUUUUAUUACAUACCUAUAUCUCAAGCAUUUCUAACUUGUACGUUUUUUAAAAAUAAACCAAAAAUAUUUCUUUGGCCUUUUCUUCUUCUGAUCUUUGUAAAAACAGAAAUGUAGAAAGAGAAGGGGUUUGAUUUUUAAAUGUUUUUCCUCUUUCAGUUGUGUGUUUUUAACAUGAAUCUGUUUCUAAAAAUAUUUCCUAUUUCUUAGCAUUCCCAGGGAGUUAAUUUAGAUAAAUGAAUGGACUUCCAUCAACAUAUUUAUGUGUCCCUAAUACUGACACUAUGGCCUUCAAGAAGAAAAAAAGAACCACCUGAAAAUAAAUACAGGUUUUUCGAGUAUUUAAAUACUAUUACAACAAUUUGAAAUUAAUAUGGUAAGGAAAGGGAAUUUUUCUUGCAAAUGUUUAAAAUUUAACCACCCUAAGAGAUGGGCCUUCUUGUUUUAUUCCAGUGUGUUCCACAAGGUGGCACUUUUUUUGGGGGGGAGGAGAGGAGGGGAAGGGAAAUCUGAGCAAGGCUGAAGAGGUACUUCUAAACACUUCAUUCUAAUGAUUUUUCUGCACAUGUUUAGUUUUUGCCUGGCACUUGUUUUUCAAAAUGAGUAAUAGUUUUUCAUAAUACUCUGUGACUUAAGUAUUUUAGUUGUUAGCUAGGUUAUGAAAGAUUGCAAGUGAAUAGUUCUUCAGGAUGGAUAAUAAACCCAUACUCAUUUCAGUACAUAAAGAAAGCCUAGUGAUUCAUUCACUCAGGAAACAUUUUUUGAGGUACCUCAUUGCCUCACUCUUUUAGGUGCUGACUUUACAAAUAUCAGCAGGCUUAGCACUAUGAAGGCAACUGUCAUUUGUACAGGAUAGUCUGUCAGCUGCUUUCAAAUUCCCUGCCAUGGUGGCCUUUAAAUAUACCUAAGUUAAAAAUCAGAUGAACAAAAUAACAUCAAUAAUUAAGUAGACAAAACUGUUCUAAAUAGAACAGCUAGCUGAAGCAGCUUUAAAAUAUCAAAAGACCUGAUAAUUUUUACAUUUUUAUAAUCAAGUAUAAAUUCACAAGAAAUUCUAAUGUAAAAAAAUAUAGUAACAGGAAUGUAUCUAUGUAAGUCAUUGCUUCAGUUUUGAAGUGUUUUGGCUACUUCCUACACACACACACACACACACACACACACACACACACAGUCAUGUUUCAGUGUAAUGACCCGCUAGCUCCAGGAUGCUUUUAGAAUUUUAAAAGCCACGCUCCUCAAUAAUAUCACUGAAAUUUAGGAGGAAAGAAAAGUGUUUUUCGGAGUUUUCCUUAGCGCAGCCUGGCAGAAGGCAGUUUAUUCGUUCUAAGUGGCACAAAUUCAAUAGUGCCUGCUUCACUUUCCCUCCAGUGGGAGCCGUGGCCAGUGUCACCUAUUCCUACUGAACCGAAAUGCCGCACAAACUUGGGGCUGUCCAAAAGCUCCCUGAGAAAUCGUCAGCCUCAUCCCUCUGCUUAAAAGCCCUCUCUACGUAAGCCCCUAAGUGGAAGGCCGAACUCGAACCUGGGCCAGUCUGAACUCUGCCUGUGUUCCAAACUCAGCUCCCACCCUCCGGGGGCGCCGCCCGGCACCCCGCCCCUUGGCAGGCGAGUGGCAGCGGGCGGGGCUGUCCGGGACCCGCCGCCCCUCCCCGGUGAGCGCCCGCAAGUGCAGACCCGGCGGGAUACUGUCCGAGGUCCGUGUGCCCUGCUGCUGUCUCAGAGGCAUCUGCUGUGCAGUCUUAGGAAGCGAUAUGUCCUUAGAAGCAAACGGAUGUCAUCUGUGCAUAAAAAAGUACAACACAUUAUUUCUUCGAAAGUUCGGGUAUAAGAGAUGCUGCUCGUUAAGCUGUCUACCGGGCAUCUCUCAAGCUCUAAGCUCAGCUUUUUUUUUUUUUUUUUUUAAAAGAAGAUGUAUAAUUACAGCAAAGAUUUUUUAUUUUUUUAUUUUCUAUCAUUCUACAUAUAUGAUGGCAAAAGGUUAUGCCUGGAAAAGUUUUGUUCUGAAAUUUUGUUUAUUUUCUGCUUCGUCCUCAGUUGGCAAAAGCUCCUAAUUCUUUACUUUCCCAUUUCUUCUUUCUCUUUUUUCCUUCGUUAAGUAAGUAAGGUUUUGUUAGCAAGUUUUCUCACGAAGUAGGGGGUUUUCCUGUUUAGAGGAAACUUUUGUGGGAGUAGUUUAGGAGUAGUUUAGAUUUUCAUAAAGGGGGCUCAUAACUGUUCAUAUUGCUACCAGGAAUUACACCCAUAAUGCUAAUAAGCAAACAUAGAGCCUCAGUUAUUUAAUUUCCAAUUCUCUAUGGUUUCUAGCCAAAUUAUGUUGAUGUGCUUAGGUGUGAUCCUGAAAAUACCUUUUUACCCUUACUUGAAAGUUCCUAAUCUUGUUUUAUGAAAUGCAAUAAUAUGUAUUUGCUAAAAAUAUUCCUAUGAUCACCAGCAACUCUGAAAUUCACCUUGAAGCCUUUGAAUAAUGAAAACAGAUCCCAGCAAUAAGGCAUUUCUUAAGCCCCCUAAGUACAUUAUGUUCUCAUUGGGUCCUAUUUUUGCAACAAUGUAUGCAUUAAUGUUAUAGUUUCUCUCUGUGUGUUCAUUUAUUGUCCUAUGACUGGUAAUAUAUUAGCAUAUGGUCUGAGUCACUCAUAGAAUCAGCACUUAACAACGUGGGGAAUUUCUAUUUCAAGUUCUACAUUUGCAUAAAUUAUUUCUAUUCAUGUAUGUUAUUUAUUUCCGAACCACACUAGUUCUGUAAAAGUAUAAGGAAGACAGACCACAUUAGGACUUGCAUCUUAAUGUCCGUUAGUCUGGUGUUGAUGAAUUUUAAAAAAAGUAAUUAGACUAAGUCCCCAAAUAAGCUGCAUGCAUUUAACAUGAUUAUACAUAGUUACACUAUAGAUGUAGUGUUUUUGUGUGUAGGUGUUUUAUCAAUAUAUAAAGGAAUUAAAGGACUUUGUUAAUUGCUCUUUUGUCAAAUAGUCAUAUAGUAUAGUGUGAAGAUACAGCAAAAACAAAAAAUACAGGUAGAAAAGCAGAUGCUGCCUGAAGUUGAACUCUGCUAGAUGACCAUUGGGGUACAUGCCGAACAGAGAUGGGCACCUGGGUAGUGUCCCCUGUUGUCUGGCCUUGAGAAGACACUUCCCCCAUGAGCUAGUGUCCCGGUAGGUGCAGUAGUGGGAACAUGUAGUAUUGUCAGGAGAGCAAUGUGAGAGUUUUCUGUAGAACCGGAACUGUCAGCUUGUGCCUUGAGGCUUCCAGUUGGCAAAGUCAGAUGGAGAAUUCCAAGUUUCUGUACUUCAAGCAGUUGAUUUUGUACAGAAGCAAUCCAGUCUAAAAGUGAAAAUCAGGAUUGUGUGUACAGUGGUCGACAGUGGGAUUUUAACUUUCAAUAAUCCCAGCACCUCCAAAACUUGUUGCACUUCUGGUUUUUUAGGUUUUGAUCUGAAGGUUAGAUGGCAAGUGUUUGGAACAGAAGAGCAGUAUGUGUUGAGAAAAGCACAAUAUCAGUUCCAGUAGAGAGCAGAUUAGAACUAAAGGGUUUCAUAGGUUUAUCAUUUCUUAGAUGUGUAAAAGCAUGUUUUCACUGUAAAUUGUGUUAGUAUUUCUGCAUCCGAUAGGGCCUAGUUAAAACUUUCUAAUAGGUUUCAGCAAGGCUAUCGUUCCUAGUAUGCUUUUUUAUUUUAUUUUAUUGUUUUACAUAUAAUAGAAAAUAUUUUAAAAGUAGAAAAAAUCUUAGUUUGGACAUUUGACUGGUUGAUUUCUGCAUUUGAAAUCACAGUUCUGCAGAUGUAGAGAUUGUGCAUGUCAGAUACUUAUGUAGGCUGGGUGAACAGCCCGAAAUCACCAGGACUGCCCCAUCCCCUGCCUCCCUUCCUCUCUCCUGCUUACGUUCUCCCUGCCCCCAUCCUGGCCUGUCCACGAGGUGCUCUCCAUCCUCUGCUGCUCUUUGGGUGUCAGGGACAUGAUACUUUAGACAUCAGGAUGUGCCUGCUCAGGCUUGGCCACCACCCUUACUUGACCUUCAGCUGACUGGGCUCAGUCAUAAAGAGAAGGUCCACGGUGCUGGGCACAGUGUGCUCACAACACCAAUCACGAAUGCCUUCUAGCAUCUUUGUAUGUAUCUUGAUUUUUAAACCAAGUCAUUCUAUAGAGCAUUCAGUUUUGGCUGUGGUACAAAAAGACUAACUAACCAAGAAUAUAAAACCACAUUCCAGAUAACUGUUUUCUGUCCAUCUACAGGCUAUCCUUUUACUGUAUUUCUUCAUACUUGAAACUCAUUCUGUAGUUUUAAUAUCAGGGUACACACUUAUAAGGGUGCAUGUUCCUUAAAGGUGCAAAAUUACUCUCAUUCGGUUUGCUCAUAUGGCUACAGAGAGCUCUGGUUUUGGUGCUUUGGAUUUAGCAGGUCUAAGAAGUAGUGUGGAAAUUCCUGGCCUGGAACAGUCUUGCAACAAUGUUAGCAGAUGGCUGGUGUUAGAUACUUGCUUCUGCUCUUUUCUCUGUACACAAGAUUGAGAGUUACCCCACUGGCCCAUGAGAUUUACCUGGGCAUCUUUUCUCAUGCUCUCCCCAAGUGUGGGUGCAGUGCAACUCUCCAAAAGCAGGGACCUUAUACAUAUAGAGAUUUAGCCCUCAAAAAAAAAAAAUCAGCAUUAGUCAAAUGUUGAAUGGGAAGGGCUGAUCCACUCUAGUAGCCACCCAACCCUCAUUUCCAUAGGGAAAGCCCUCUUGAAGCAAACUUUAAAAAGAAAGAAGGGAAAAAAGAAAUCAAGCUUAUCUGUAAAGUUACCCUCUUCAUAGCACCCUGAGUUAAAUGAUCUCGCAUCCCACCCUUUUGGUAGAUGAAAAAACAGGUCAGUUUUUCUAGAUUCUUCCACCUGAAGAAGACAAUGGAAAAGUAGUAGGUGUUUGUGUCAUGUAAUAUGUAAUCCAAGGACCACCAAGCUUGCAUUAAAUACCCCAUGAGUAGAAACCUUUUUUGGAAAAUAGCUCAAGUCAGGGAUGCUUUAUGAUCUAGGGUUUCUGAGGUCGGAGGUAGCCAUUCUAGCAUGUGCCUUAUUCUAAGACUGUUUGGAGAGGUAAAAUUGCUGAUGGUGACUCUGUUGCAAUGGCAAAGGUAAGGUGUCAGAAAAUUCAGAGGGUUACAGAUCAAUAAUCCUUUGGAAACUGGAUGUCUUACUGGGUGCUAGAAAGCAAAUUUAGGUAUUUAUUGUCAGAUUAUACAAUUCAUUGUUUUUCUAAGAAUUGGUGUUAAAAUAUCAAUGUCCAGUUCAUUGUUUUCAUUUAUGCACAAGCAAAAUUGAAGAAAAAAAAAAGAAAAUGGUUUGUAUAUUUGUCAUACCUUUUGUAUUUCUUAAAAUAAAAAUAUUGGUAGCAAAUAAAAGUAAUAAAAGCAGCAAUUUUAAACUGCUUCCUUGG